UCAUUCGAAGGCCAGAAGAACGUGUCCGUUGUGUCGUUAGUAGGAAAGCUUUAACUUAAAGUACACCGUUUAGCCUCUAAGUUUUCAGGUUUAGUCAGAACAUUGGUUGUUACCGGACGUUUUCCUUGUAUUUUAUAAAUAGGUUGCACUACCUAGCGGACAGUUUCCGUCGUUUAUUUUUGAGUAGAUUGCUGGUGUUAGCCGACGUGCUAAUUAUCGUCGCUAGCUUGUUUUGUUACAACCAUGUCUGGCGGAGGAAUCAUCCGUGGCCCCGCGGGGAACAACGACUGUCGGAUAUACGUGGGUAAUCUGCCCCCAGACAUUCGCUCAAAGGACAUCGAGGACCUUUUUUACAAAUAUGGGUCGAUUCGUGAUAUCGACCUGAAGAACCGGAGAGGAGGACCACCCUUCGCCUUUGUGCAGUUCGAUGACCCGAGGGACGCUGACGAUGCUGUUUACGGGAGGGAUGGCUAUGACUAUGAUGGAUACCGCCUACGUGUUGAGUUCCCUAGAAGUGGAAGGGGAGGCGGAGGUGGCAGCGGUGGUGGCAGCGGUGGUGGUGGCGGUGGUGGUGGCGGCGGCGGUGGUGGUGGUGGUGGUGGCGGCGGCGGAGGAGGCGCUAUGGGACCCCCCAGGGGACGGUAUGGUCCUCCGUCCCGACGUUCUGAGUAUAGGGUUGUUGUGUCAGGUCUUCCCCCCAGUGGAAGCUGGCAGGACCUAAAGGAUCACAUGCGGGAGGCAGGUGAUGUAUGUUAUGCUGAUGUGUACCGUGAUGGCACCGGGGUAGUGGAGUUUGUACGCAAAGAAGACAUGAGCUACGCUGUCCGUAAAUUGGACAACACCAAGUUUCGUUCUCAUGAGGGAGAGACCUCCUACAUCUAUGUGAAGACGGAUGGUGCUCGCAGUCCCAGUUACGGCCGGUCCCGCUCCCGUAGUCGCAGUCGGAGCAGGAGUCGAAGCAAGAGUGGAUCUCGCAGCUUCUCCCCUCGCCGUGGCAGGGCAUCUCCACGUUACUCCCCUCGGCGUUCUCGCUCCCGCUCUCGCACCUAGAUUCACCUGACCUUAGCUAAAGUGGUGGUGCAUCUAGGAGCUGGGGUUGAUGUCCCUCACGUCACCUAACAAAGCCUGUAUACUAACCACAAAUCAUUGUGUGUUACCAGUUUGUUAUGUUGUGCGUUCUUUUUUUUCUCAAAUUUAUGUUGCAUUUAUUCUUUGUUUUGGGUUUUUUUUUAGUUUUUUUUUUUUUUUUCAUUUUUGCCAACCAGAUGUACACAAACUGGAGCUGAUUUGUGUACAUGGCAACAGCUGCUCUGUCAUGCUCCCCUUUUUUCCUUUCACUCAAACACUGCUAACCAUUGUUCCCUCUUCUCACUUUUUCAUGCUGAUUGUCCCCAUCAUAUGCUCAGUGUUCUCAUCUGUAAAAGUUGACUUCUUUGGAACACGUACUAUUGUCCUUUGACCUUCUUGUGUGUCUCUCUGUAGAGUUCAAAGGAACAGGAUAGGAUGGGAACAGAGGAAACAGUUCAUAAUAGGAUAAACAGGAGGAGGAGGAGGAGUCAUAUUUGGCGCCAAUGGUAUGAUGGCUGUGCCUUGUAAACUGUGAAACCUGCAUAUAAGGCUCUUUUUCUCACAUACACCUGGCAGCCAAGUGCAUUGUUGAAUGUUCUGUAAACCAUUUUUUAUCAUGAGGAUUUUCCUCAUCUAAUUAGUGUAUAAUGGCUUCGGGAUUGAUCACAAAUGGUCUCCCUAGUUUUUGUUUUUUUAGUUUAAGAACCCCCGAUCCCCCUCGUAGUUGCAUCAAUUAACAUUAAAAAUAAUUUUAAGGUGUUAUUCUAACUUGCCUCCUUCUCUUUGGUUCUGCUGGUAUUCUGAAGGUUUGGACUGGGCUCAUUGUCUCCCCAUUCCGGAGCCGCAUCAGGAUUCAGGAUCAGAUCAGGAUUAGGAUUAGGCUUUGGGAUGGAUACAUGGAGCAGGAGCAUGGGAGCAUUUUGCUGGGAGAGGAUCCCGAACCCUGACCCUGUCCACAUAAAACCAUCAAACUGGAGACAUAGCAAGAUUUUUAAACAAAAAUUGGCUCUCCGAUAUUCCAAAUUACUUUUUUCAAUUCCUGCGGGACCUAAGGAAACAGUUACUGGCAGCCACGUGAUGUUAUUUUCGAGAUUUUUUUUUUUUAAUAAUUAGAGGAGCAAAACUCGGAUCAAAUUAGAAGAGCAAAACUUGGAUCCAAUUAGAAGAGCAUAACUUGGAUCAAAACCAGGAGGAGGGCUGGGAAAUGCAGAAUGGAUCAACACGCGUGAGGAGAGUGGUAAAUAGUGGGCACCAUUUUCAGUGGGGGGGGGGAGGUGGGUGGUUUGGGAAUGUAACUUUAACCUGGUUUGUAUCUUUCUUUCAAGUCAUUUUUUUUUCCAAAGGAGGAGGAAUUCCGAUUGAUUUCCAUAAGUAUAUUCUUCAGUAUCUCAAAGCUUUAUUCUCUUUUAAUAAAAUUCUCAAUAAUACUUCUUAA